CCACAUAGCCCACGAAUGGGAGAGAAGGAGAAAGAGAAGAAGAAACAGAAACAUCAAAAGGAGAGCAAAUCCUCAUCGGAUCCCUCUUUCAAACCCAGUUCCGAUAUCAAAGGUAUCCGUUUCGGCGGUCAAUUCAUCGUAAAAUCCUUCACAGUACGACGUGCAGCCCCUCUGGAGCUACUUCGCCUCCUUGCUUUGCCCCCAACAGAGCAACAGCAGCAAGCCUUCUCCUUCCCCUUCCCAUCGACCGCAGCUUAUCUGCCGACCAACUUCACCAUAUUGGCUCACCACGCAUGGCACACCCUUACUUUGGGGUUGGGCACCAAGAAGUCCAAAGUGCUUGUGUUCGUCUUCGAAUCGCAGAUCAUGAAAUCCAGAGUGGAACGGAUAUGGCCACCGGAAAUUCCCCUGGGAGAUGUCAAUCGGAAGCUUAUUAGGAGUCUUACCGGAUGCGAAAUGGCACGGUUCAAGUUCCGGAAAGGUUGCAUCACCUUCUAUGUCUAUGCGGUUCGCCCAGUGGGUAGCUCUGGUUUCUUAUGUGCGGAUGAUCUCAGGACCAUUCUUCAGGCGGUGGUUGCUCUUAAGGAUUUCUUGGACCACACCGCCAUGCUCGCGUUGCCCAGACAGAGGAGCAUCAGUUACUCUCCUCCGGUCGCCAUGGCUCACUAGCCCAGCCCUUCUCCUCCUCCUAAUUUUUUCUGGGUUUCAACUCUGUAUU